AUGACUUUCAUACUCAGAAGCUCAACAAUUCUACUGCAAGUGCUUCUAAUCUUUGGAAUUUGGGCUUCUCAAGCCUACUGCCGCACAUUUCCUGAUGCUGAUGUCAAUGUAAUGGUGAAGAGACAUGACCAGUGGAUGGCCAGUCAUGGACGCGCCUACAAAGACCAUGCAGAGAAGAAGAAGCGUUUCAAGAUAUUCAAGGACAAUGUGAAGUUCAUAGAAUCUUUCAACAUUGGUGGAAAUCAGCCUUACAGUCUAAGGAUCAAUGAAUUCGCAGACCUGACUAAUGAAGAAUUUCUGGCCUUGCGCAAUGGAUACAAUUUUCAGUCUUCAAAUCUCAUGUCAUCAUCUAAAGCAUCAUUUAAAUAUUAUAAUGUGACUGCAGUCCCAUCUAGUAUGGAUUGGAGGAAGAAGGGAGCCGUCACCCCUGUCAGAGACCAGGGUAAUUGUGAGAUAUAA